CUGAGCCUGGCGCCGGGGGACGUGGUCCGGCAGGUUCGCGCAGGGGCUGCCCGGGGCUGGCUGCAUGGGGAGCUGCGGGGCCACCGCGGUGUCUUUCCCAAGAGCCUGGUGCAGGUGAGGCCUGGUGCGGGCGAGGCGGAGCGGGGAGCGGGCCCGGUCCAGCCCCGGGCCUCCAGCUGAAUGCCGCCCCCAUGCGAUCUUCCCAGGAGAUUCCCGAGGCCCUGCGGGGCAUCACUGAGCCCAGACCGCGCUAUGCGCGCCGCCGCGGUCAAUCCAUCAACUCUCGGGGCCCCCAAAGAUGGUGCAAAGUGAACUUCAACUACAAUCCAGAGCAGGCAGACGAGCUGAAGCUUCAAAUUGGGGAGAUUGUGGAAGUGAUAAAGGAGGCCUUGGAAACACAGACAUGCCUUCAAUCAUCCCUAAUCCACCAAGGCCUCCUAAGCUGAGCAGCUUGACUUAUGACAGCCCUCCAGACUACCUGCGGACAGUCCCCUGCCCUGAGACCUGCAGGGUCCUGUUUGACUACCAGCCUGAGGCCCCGGAUGAGCUGGCGCUGCACAAGGGGGACCUGGUGAAAGUUCUGAGAAAGACAACAGAGGAUAAGGGUUGGUGGGAAGGCGAGUGCCAAGGCCGAAGAGGAGUGUUUCCAGACAACUUUGUACUACCACCACCCCCAAUCAGGAAGCUGAUCCCACGGAAAAUUAUAACUCGGGAGUCAGCUCCUAUUAAGGAACCAAAAAAGCUGAUGCCCAAAACAUCCUUACCCUCUGUCAAGAGGGUGGCAGCAGCUGCCUCGGCACCUAACAAAACCAAGACAUCUACACCCAGUGGGGACAGCCAGAAACGCCCCUCCCGAGACACCGGCUUCAAUGGCAGCUUCCUCAAUGGGGGACCCAGGCAACCAGGGAGAAAGCGAUCCAGAACCCAGACUUCCCAAAAGCAUUCUGUAUUCAAUCAGGAGGAUGACCAGAGAAGCCCGGGAAAGGCCCCCUCCACAAAUAAAACCCGCACUCCAGAUAAGACCCUUGGCCCAGAGAAGAUCCUGGCUCCCAACAAAGUCUCCACUCCAGAGAACCCUGUUCCAGAGAAAGCCCUGGAUUCUGACAAAAUUCCCACUGCAGAGAAUACCACUGUAGACAAGGCUGCCAGUACAGGGAGUGCCCUUUCUGUGGAUGAGGCUCCUGCUCUAGAAGCCCCAGCUAAGGAUGAAACCGUUGACCCAAAGGUGGCCCUUCAUGCGGACAGUACCCCUGCACUGGUAAAGAUCUUGACCCCAGAGCACAUGCUUUUUGAAGAGGACCCUUCUAGGGACAACACUCAGUGCCAGCAUUUGCCUCAAGAAGAAACCACAGAGGGGUCCGAGUCCCUUGCACCUCCAAAUGACAUCCAGGUGCCAGGAGAGCACCCUCAACUGUCUAGAUGCUGUAUGAUGAAACACGGGGACAGCUCCCUAGCCCACUCCAGGGCUAAGGAUGAGUCUGCCGUGGAGGAAGAAGCCACCUUUCCGGAGGGACUACCAGGCAAAGAUGAGACGACCCUGAAAGAGACACUCCCCAAAGAGCCGCCUUCUGAAGGGGUGGGUCCCCAAAAGCAGGUGCCCCCGAAAGAGUCAGUCCCCACUCCCCAAGUGCCACAUAUUAUCAAGCAGAUUCCGGACCCUGAAGAAGCUCCCACGCUUCAUCCCGUGGUCUCACUAACUUCUUCCAAAAGCAAGAAUGAUGAUACAGAUGUAACAUCGUUAAAGAAAGAGGUGGGGUCGCUAAAGAACGCGCUGGAGCGUCUGGAGUUGAAGAUGGAACAGAAGUUGAGUGAUGUCUGGGAGGAGCUGAAGACCCAGAGGGAGAAGCUCCAGUCGCUGGAGGUUCAGACAACGCCGCAGAGGACCCAGAAGUCCUUCAAACACGCUCAGACACAGACAGAAUGAGGGCGGGCUCAGGCAGAACCUCAGCCCGACCUGGAGGGGACAUCCAUCCUGCUCGGGCCACCCCUGUCCUUGCACAAAGCUUUGAGAAACUCCAAGGAAGUAAAAACUCUGAACUCUUAGACCAGCCUGGUCCGUGUGAGGCGGGGCCGCCAGUCAGCACACCGCCCUCCGCAUUCCUGGCGCUCUCUCUUGGGCACAUCUGGCCAACAUGUGGCUCCCAUUACCAUUCUCAAGGCCUAUGCAAGGCUAUUUUUAUCCACCGGAUGGCUGGGGGCGGGGGUAGUCUCCUUCGGACGCUGGCCCUGUGCUGGAUGCAGGGUGGAGGGGCCCAGACCCUCCUGGAUUCAGGAACCCAGCUGUGCGCUAGAGGGGUGGAGCCAGCCUUCUCUGGGCCCAGCUCCUCCCAGUUAGCCUCUGCCCAAAGGAACUCCUGUGUCCACUCACUUGGAAUGAUAUUCGGCCCAGAAGCGAACUCCAGGCUUCGCUCAGGCACUAAGUCUAAGAGAAUUAGUAUCAAGGUCUGAGCCUUAGGCUUCCCUGUGUGACUGCAGUGACAUCCCAGGCCAGGUCAUAGGGCAGGGGACUAGGUGACAUCUGUCCAAGCGCUGCUGGCUAGUAAGGAAUUUGUGAGGAAUGCCUGUAAUACCUGUCCCGUGUUCAGUUGCAAGAGGCGUGUCUCGGUCUGGUUCUCUGGUCUGUGAGGUGAGCACAAGCAUGCACCGGAUGCA